UAUACAGCUUCGGAGAGAAUUUGCGACAGCUAGCGAUCAACCAACCACCCAUCUAAACCGUCAUGACGUCCUUCAACCCACUUGCCGGAGUGAAUCCGUCUGACCCUUUUGGAAUCAGGACCGACUUCGGAGGUACGUCAUCAGAUGCGCAGAUUGAUGGGCGUCCUCGCAAAAAGAAGCAUGAUGAAGAGGUUGAAUUUAAAACAGAUUACCAGGGUGUGAACGGGUACGUGUAUUCAGCUAAAUAUAGGGACGGUAAGGUGGUGCUGUGUGUGAAUUGUGGGGAUGACGAGAUUUGGGGCAUUGGUGGUUCACACCAUAUGUCUAUUAAAAACUGGAGACUUUUUCGCACCGUGGUCGGGCCUGACCUGGACCAGACAGGCUUCCCCGACAUGCUGUAUGCAUCCCAGUGGUAUUCACCAACAGGGCCUGAGUUGUACAGAGUGGAGGCUGAUCGUUACAACCGACCCACCGAGGAGUUUAUUUUUUUGAGUGUUUGUGAAGACAGGGAGAGGGUUAUUGCAUCCAGAGGAGUCGAGAGCUGGAGAUUAAACCCGUAUCCUACCACAAAAGCUGAGCGCAUGAGUUGGUUUAAGGACUUGUUUUUUAUCCAGUGGGCAGAUUGGAGAGCUGUGCAGCGAAUGUUUAAGGAAGUCGAUGCGUUUAUCAAGAGAGACAAGCUCAACAAGGGUUAUGAGAACGUUAGAAAACGCCUUGUUUUUGAUGAUUUCACCCUUACUACGAAGACUGCUGAGCCUUCUGCCUUGUGUAGGCCGAAAAUCAUCAGACUGUCAGACUACUAGGGAUAAAAAAAUAAACAAAUAAUGACGUUAAAACAGCCUCAUCUGUUACACCUUCACAUCCAACACAGAUGUUGACCAUUCCUCCUCCUCCUGAUUCACCACCUCGGGCACCAUCAUCCCCACCCCACCCGUGGGUAGUGGAGCUGUCAGACGAGAGUUUGAAAAACGUCAAAAUCGCCACAAUUCGUCUACUGACGUGCGCUAUACGAAAGUAUAGAGAAGAGGUGUGUUACGGAUGUAUCGUUAACCAUCCGAGCCAAAUGCAGCAUGAAUGCAUAUGGGAAACCCCAGAGUUCUAUUUCGCUACACAUUAUGAUGAGAUAGUAAAGAUAUUGUGGACCCCAAGAUUCAUCCCGGCGGUCAGGCUCUUUCUCUGUGCCACCAGCAGCCUGUGGGAGUCACGCAACGAGCUAACAACACCCGUAAAUAUCAUUCUAACUGAAUUGUUGCCUUCAGCAAACAUUGAGCAGGCUAUGAAUGACAUAUUCUUACCUCUGAUGAGUGAAGAUGGGGAUGCAUCUGUUAAAUACGCCCAUCUAGGAAUGAUAGAACACUAUUGGUCUGGAAGACAUAUGUUGUAACAUAAUCAGUGCAUAUUUGUUGUUGUCACCCAUAUGUUUG